GGUGAGGUUUGGAACCGCCACUUGGUUAUGCACCUGUCACCAUGGUUGAGACCCGCGGUGGGACGAAUACUAGCCCCUACACUCAGGAGUAGCAAGAGAAGAUGGCUGCCAUAGUGAAAGAAAAUAGAGAGAGGAAGGGGCUCCUGAAGCAAGCGAAGUUGAAGGCUAUCGCAGUGGCGCAGGCGGGAAAGAUGAGGGAGUUGGAGGAGGAGAUGGAGAAGAAGAAGAAGGCUGCUGAAGAAGAAGCGGCAGCAGAAGCAGAGGAGGAGAGAAAACGGAAGGGAAAAGAAGCAGAGAGCAGUGGAGCGAUGAAAGAAGAAGUAGAGAUGGAGAAAAAAAUAAGUGAGUGGAUCGCUAAUUUAUCGUUGGGGGAAGAUGAGGAGGCAGAGUUCUACGUCCGAAAGGACGAGAGGGAUGCAUUGGUCAGUGAGCUAGGAGCGAUGGAGGACCCUCCGGAACGAAGGGAAAGAGAAGAGGAGAAGAAAUUGGAAUGGAAACUGAGGAUGAAGAGAGAGAAGAAGAAGAGGAGAGCGUCUCCAGAAUGUGCUGGUAAAGCGCGGGUCACGGUCGGAGAUGUUGCUCUGAGGUAAGCCGUGAUAUCUCACGACUCGGUCGAAGACGAUGUCGGCGACCUCACGAGCGUUAAUGCGAUAGCGGCACGGGACAAAACGUGCACGCUUCGUGAAGCGAUCGACGACGACCAAGAUAGCAUAAUGACCGCGCUCAGUGGGUGGGCAGAGGGGACCAAUGAAAUCCAUCGAGAUGG